AUGGGGUUCCAAGAUAGGUGGAAUAAAUGGAUCGAAACAUGUAUUUCGUCCGUUAUGUUCUCUGUUCUUGUGAAUGGAUCUCCUGCUAGUUUCUUUAUGAGCUCUCGAGGUUUGAGACAAGAAGACCCCUUGUCGUAUUUUCUAUUCCUUACAGUCAUGAAGGGUUUAAGCAGACUAAUGGAGAGCAAAAAAUUUGGGUUAUAUCAGGGGGCGGUUUCUGGGCUAAAGAUCAAUGUUGGAAGGAGUGUGCUUGUCUCAGUAGGGGAUGUUCUAGAUAUUUCCUCCUUAGAUGCAGUUCUUGGGUGUGGGGUGGGUGCUUUCCCUCUUCCUUAUUUGGGAUUGCCUUUGGGGGUUUCCUUUAGGAGGGUGGGGAGCUGGGCAUUAGCUCACCCCCAACAUUUUGCAGAUGAGGGAGAUGACACUGGAGCUAAUUAG